AUGGUUGUUUGCAUCCACCCAGCCCCGGAUGCUGCCUUUGUUUUGGUCGCCCUAGCUCGGCUCGGGGCCGCCCGGCCGCCUCCCGCAGCCCAGCCUCGGCCGGCGGGGGCGGACAGGCGGAGGCGCGGCGGGCGCGGCGAGGGGGCGAGGGCUCGCGCCAGGCUCGGCCGAUCCGGGCGUCGCGCGCUGGGCGCGCGGGGCGGGGGCGGGGCUGGGGCUGGGGCCGGGGCUGCCGCCGCCGCCGCCGCCGCCGCCGCCGCCGAGGCUGCUCCCAGGCUCGGCUGCCUCCAGUUUGGGGCUGCAGGAGGGAGAGGGAGAGUUUUGGGUGUCAGUUAGGCGGAGUCUCGGAGGCUUCGCUCCCGGGUGAUGCUGCUGCUCUCGCAGACAUAGCUGCCAGCCACUCAGUCCCGGAGCCGCUCCGCCCACGGGCACCCACCCGCCCACUCCCCAGGUCAGAGCUGCUCGUGCCCCAGCCUCUCCCCCCACGCUCGCCAACGUGCACGCCACAUCGCUCUAUCCCCAGAUGCCCUGAAGGACAACACUUAUGGUCUGAGUAAUAGUCAGAAAUAAUGACUUAGACAAAGCUCCUCUAAGGUAAGUUUCUUAGUUCUGCUAUCCACUGAUAUUCUCAAAUCAUCAUUUCUCAAAAUAACUCUAAAAUUGGACACCACUGUUAACUGCUAAUUUAACUUAAUAGCCGAGAUUAUAACUUCAAAGUGGAAAAUCAUUGAAGUGGUGUCAGGUUCAAAUCCUUACUCUACCAUUUGAGAAUUGUAGUGGGUUUAAUACUCCCUCUCCCCACCCCAAAUUCACAUUCAUUCAGAACCUCAGAAGGUGACCUUAUUUGGGAAUGGGUCUUUACAAAUGAAAUUAGCUAAAAUGAGUUCAUACUGUAUUAGGAUGAGUCCCAAAUCCAAUGGGUAGUGUCCUCAUAACAGGAGAGAUGGCACACACAUACAGGAAAGGAAGCCACAUGAAGACACAGAGAGACACAGAGAGAGGAUGGCCAUGUGAAAACAGAAGCAGAGAAUAGAGUGAUGCUGCCCCAAACCAUGGAAUGCCAGGAGCCACCUGAAGCUAGAAGAGGCAAAGAAGGAUUUUUCUCUACAGACUUCAAAGAAAGCACAGCCCUGCUAACACUGUAGUUUUGAACUUCUCCAUAACUGUGAGAGAAUAAAUUUCUAUCAUUUUAA